AUGCAAGAUCAUGAGAAUAAUUUUACUGCAGAGCAAUGUUGUAAUAAGAUGAAAAGGUUUAUUUGCAAGUAUAAAGAAAUCAAAGAUUAUAAUGGGAGAUCAGGAAAUACUCCUAAACAGUGGCAGUAUUAUCAAGAAAUGGCAGACUAUAUUGGUGAUCGUCCUGGGAUUACUCCUAUAGCCUCCUGUUCAAGUUUGUCAGCAUCACAAACUGUAACCAGGAAAACCUCUAAACCUUGUGAAGAAAAGCACAAAGCAGAAAAAGAAAGUGAAGUGGCCAACCAAUUAAGAAAAGAGUUUGUCAGCGUAGUUCUCCAAGAGCUGAAAUGUUGA